UAUCACCUAUCCGUUUUUUACUGGGAUAUUUUUAGAAUCUCGUUAAGAUUUAUUAAUUGCCCAUCAUAAUAAUACUUGCUUUUUACAGAAAUGAAUACAAUAUUUUCAAAUAUUCAUAAAUUUAACAAAUUGGUCUGCGCAGGUUUUGGCGUUACUCAAUUCAGAGAUCCUAUAAGAGGAUUUCAGUGUAACUUGCUAGUCUCCGAAUAAAAACCUCCAACUUUGGUCUCUCCACAACUCUCUCUCUCUCUCUACAAUCUUCAGCCUUUCACACAAAAAUCUCUUUUCACAUCUUUCCAUUUGUAGCUGUUUCGGCUUCAUCACUUUGAAUCAUUCUUUUUAUUUGUCAGAUUUUUCGAGCGUGGCUUUGAUUCUCUCUGCGAUUUUUUGGUUGAAACUUGUCUGUGACGGUGCUCUUUAUCUACCGUCUCAAAGCAAUCUCUCUUUACAACCCCUCUCGUUUCUUAUUUUUUCCAUUUGUAUGUUAAUCAACAAGUCUUUCUUCAACAUCAUUUCGCCAUGGAUCAGAGCGUUUUAUACCCACUAAAAUACACCGAGCACAGAAAAACCACCACAAAAUUCAUCAAACCACCUAAGCAAAACCCGAGAAAACCCAACUCCGAUGCAAGAAAAUCCCAAGACCACCCAAAUUUCAACGCCGCAAGAACUGUCCGAAUCUCUGUGACUGAUCCUGACGCCACAGAUUCCUCCAACGACGAAGAAGACGACAAUGUCUUCCGCCGCCAACGAGUCAAGAAGUACAUCUCCGAAAUCAUAAUGGAGACAGCUGUCAGCGCCGGCAGCAGGUUCAGAACCGCCGACAGUACUCCCAAGCCAAUGAAAACGCCCAAGGAGGCACCACCGGCGGCCGCGCGUGGCGGCGCCAGGAAGUUCAGAGGCGUACGGCAGCGGCCCUGGGGAAAGUGGGCUGCCGAGAUAAGAGACCCUUGUAAAAGGGUGAGGCUCUGGUUAGGCACUUACGACACCGCCGAGGAGGCCGCCAUGGUAUACGACAACGCCGCCUUAAAGCUCCGCGGCCCCGAUGCUCUGACCAACUUCACCACGCCGGCGGUCAAGGAGGCGGCGUCGGUUUCAGGCUAUGAGUCCGCAGAUGAAUCGCACAACCUCUCUUCUCCAAUCUCUGUUCUCCGGUUCAGGAGUAGUCACUUGAGCGACGACACUGAACCGGCCGGUCUAAGUAGUCAGUCAAGUGAGUACACCGAACCGGAGCAGGGCCAGUCCGUGGUGAAGAAAGAGACACCGUGCGAGUGGGUCGACCAACUAUGGUCCGGUCCGGUGUGUGUGGGUGCGGAGGAAUGCCAAGGGGAAACGAGUAUGGUGCCCGAUUACUCCAACGAUUAUUUGCCCAUGGACAUUCCGUUUCUAGACAAUUUCUUCAACUUUCAACCACAAGAUGAGCAGUUGUUCAGCGCGGGGCCGAGUUUAUUCGACGAUUUCACCAUGAAAAUCGAGGAUUUUCCGUCGCUGGAGGUGGCCUGUCAGAAGGUGAACUUGGGAGAUUAUCAAGAACUGGGUUCGCUCGAUGUCGACGAUUAUUUUCUAGAUAUCAACGCUUUUGGUGGCGCUGAUGCACUCUUUGCAAUAUAAUCAAUGCUUAAAAUAUAGUCGGAAUAUUGCCGAUUAAAUGGCAAAUUUUGUUUUUCCCGGCUAUCGGAUUGUAUUUUUUUUAUUUAUAUAUUUUAGUCAAAUAUAUAUAGUUAGUAGCUAUAUUAUUUGGUUUACUAUCUCCAUCUAAAUAUAAAAAUGGAGAUUUGAGUAGUGAGUUCUGUUGAUUUCCCGAUAUAUAAAUGUUGAGCAAUAAAAUGGAGUAUUUGUCGCAA